AACGGGGUUUUAAGUAAGCUCGGACAAAAGAGAGGAGCACAGACGAGUCGCGACGAUGAGAAGAGCGAUCUCAUCGGCCCCGGACCGUGUGCUCAUCACCGGGGAAAACGCGGUCCUGGCCGCCCUGUCCGACCACCUGAACUCCAACGCACAAACACACACAACCACCCUGAUCCAGAUCAUCACCCCGCCGCCGUGCCUCACUCCCUACAGCGAGCCUCCGAGCGCCAGUGUGUACACAACUCCGAGCUGCACCGGACCCCGAGCUGCACUGGGACACCCACCGGCAAAGAGGCGCUUGGCUCUGGAUGAUGUGGACCACUUGUACACAGCAGAAGUACCCAAAACUCCAAGGACCCAAAAUGGAGCCCCAUUAGCUGUGCUAAAAGGCAACAAAACUCCAAAGUCUCCAGCCGAGAAGACGCGCUAUGACACGUCCCUUGGCCUCCUGACCAAGAAGUUUGUGCAGUUGUUGGGUCAGUCCUCGGACGGCGUGGUGGACCUGAACCAGGCAGCUGAGGCGCUUAAAGUUCAGAAAAGGCGCCUCUAUGACAUCACCAACGUGCUGGAGGGGGUGCAUCUCAUCAAGAAGAAAUCCAAAAACAACAUACAGUGGAUGGGCUGUAACCUGUCGGAGGUGGGAGGAGUUUUAACCCAUAAACAGUCUCUGAGCAGCGAGGUGGCCCAACUGGUGCAGGAAGAGCGCAGACUGGACGAGUUGAUCCAAAGAUGCACGCAGGAGGUCAAGCAGAUGGCCGAGUCAUCGCAGAGUCAGAAAUUUGCAUAUGUGACUUAUCAAGACCUUCGCAAAGACCGCAGCCUGAAGGACCAGACGGUCAUUGUGGUCCGAGCACCUUCAGAGACCAAGUUGGAGGUGCCUGAUCCACAAGAGGGCUUACAGGUGCACCUGACCAGUACGAAGGGCCCUAUAGAAGUGUUACUGUGUCCUGAUGAGAAUACGCCCGACACUCCGGUGAAAAAUGGAAACCCCUCACCUUUCAUGCAGGUGUUAGAAGAUGGCAACUCCAGUCGUUCAAGCCCAGCAGUGACUGUCACCAACCUCUCACCCAUUACGUCCACAUUUACCAGCCUGCUGCAACAAACCGAGGACCAGGACCCUUAUGCAGAAGGGCCCUUCAUCAGCCUAGGCUCACCACCUCUUUGUGAUGACUACCUCAACAGUUUAGGAGAAGGAGAGGGCAUUUCUGACCUCUUUAAUGACCUCGAUCGCCUCCCUAGUCUGGAUGAUCUACUAUGCAACUGAGGGCAUGUGAGACAACGUUGGAGAUCUUUAUUGGAAUGGAAUUUGGCAAGGUCAUUAGUUCUGGUGACCUUCUCAAACUUGUCUGCUUGGAUUCAAAAUUGUGGU